ACCCUAGAGAAAGCACUCGACAUCUUUCCCUCUGUUCUCAGACUUCACCUACUUUCUAUUAAGACAUCUGCGAAAGUCUCUUCUACAAUUUGACGAUGAGCACCGGCGCAGGAAGCGGAACGACCAAAGGUGGAAGAGGAAAGCCAAAGGCCACCAAGUCCGUCUCUCGUUCGUCCAAGGCCGGUCUUCAGUUCCCUGUCGGAAGAAUCGCCAGAUUCCUCAAGGCGGGAAAAUACGCCGAGCGCGUCGGCGCCGGAGCUCCGGUCUAUCUCUCCGCCGUUCUCGAGUACCUCGCCGCCGAGGUGUUGGAGCUUGCUGGAAACGCGGCGAGGGAUAACAAGAAGACGCGUAUCGUGCCGAGGCACAUUCAGCUCGCGGUGAGGAACGAUGAGGAGCUGAGUAAGCUACUGGGAGCCGUGACGAUUGCUAACGGAGGUGUGUUGCCGAACAUUCAUUCGAACCUUUUGCCUUCCAAGGUUGGGAAGAACAAAGGAGACAUUGGAUCUGCUUCCCAGGAGUUUUGAGUUUCAAUCAAACCUUCUGCUUUGUUGUUCUUUUGUUUGUCGGAUUACCCUUUGUAAAAUAUCCAACUAUGUUUUGAAGCUAAUGGAAAUGUUUCGAUGAUAUAA